AUGGCUCGAGGACGCAAGAGCAAUAGCAUCAAACAGAGCGACUUCACUAACAGCACCAACCCGCAGGAUUUAGAGAGAAGACUUUUUGUCGGCAAUUUGCCCACUGACCACAUGACUCGUGAAGAAAUGGAAGAGAUAUUUUCAAAAUAUGGCAAAAUAAGGGCCCUCAGCAUGUUCCAUGGCUAUGGGUUCGUCCAGUAUGAGCGUCUCGAAGACGUCCAGGCCGCUCUGGACGGUGAGAAGGGGCGCCUUUUUAAAGGGUAUAGAUUAGAUAUUAAUAAAGCAGCGGAAAGAAGAAAUAUGAAUAAGGCUUCAUCAAGGUCCAGCCCGACACGAAGAGAGCAAUAUGCCUACGGGGAUGGCCGGGACGCCAGACGCGAUCGCUCCCCUCUGCGGGGGAGCCCCCGAAGAGACCCGAGAGACGGCAGAGAUGGUAGAAACGGGCGGGAGUCCAGAGACGCUCGAGAGAUUCGAGCUAGAGAUAUGCGCGAUGCCAGAGACCACAGGGACCCCCGGGACAUGCGAGACCCCCGAGAUCUUCGAGACCCCCGGGAUAUCAGGGAUCCAAGAGACUUGCGGGACCCUCGUGAUGUCAGAGAUCUUCGUGAUCCACGGGAGCCCCUGUACGAUAGAUACAGGGAUCCACGCGAUGUGAGGAAUCCACGAGAUCUGAGGGAUCCGCGCGACGUCAGGGAUCUGCGGGAUAUGCGAGAUCCUCGGGACCCUAUGUAUAGACGAGAUGAAGCAUAUGACCGUUACCUUCGCCUUGAGGACUACUAUCGGAGGAAGGAUGACUCUUACUAUGACCGUUACAAAGAGCAUUUUGAUAGAGCUCCAGUGAAUUCGGAAGACCGUCUGAAGCGUGAGGAGCGACGGCGAGAGGAACUGUACCGCCAGUACUACGAGGAAAUCAAGAGACGUUUUGAUGCAGAGAGACCCGUGGAUUGUUCUGUGAUCGUGGUGAAUAAGCAGACUAAGGAGUACGCAGAGUCAGUGGGGCGGAAGGUGCGGGACCUGGGCAUGGUAGUGGACCUCAUCUUCCUCAACACAGAGAUGUCCCUGACGCAAGCCCUGGACGAUGUGAGCAGAGGAGGGUCUCCUUUUGCCAUUGUCAUCACCCAGCAGCAUCAAGUUCACCGCUCUUGCACUGUUAACAUCAUGUUUGGCACCCCGCAAGAACACCGCAACAUGCCCCAGGAUGAUGCCAUGAUGUUGGUGGCAAGAAAUUACGAGCGCUACAAGACAGAAUCACGGGAGAAGGAGCGUGAGGAAAUAGCCAGGCAGGCUGCCAAGAUGGCAGAUGAAGCCGUUCUCCAAGAGCGGGAGCGCCCAGCGCCCAUGGAGGAGGGUGGCAGGGGAGGGCACCCCCCGGGGAUCCAGACCCUCCUCAACCUGCUGGCUGACAAUCGCUAUCUAACCGCUGAGGAGACGGAUAAAGUCAUUAAUUACUUGCGAGACCGUAAGGAAAGGUUGCUUAGGGGGAGCACAGAUUCUCUGCAGGCACCCAUGUCAAGGCAGUCUUUGGGAGCACCUUCAGGAUCAUCCCUGGGCAGCCAGUCCAGCCUUCCGAGCUCCCAGGCUCAUCAGGGUUCACAGCCUCUGGUCUCUGCUCCUUCUGUUCCAGUAUCCUCUGCUAAUCCUCAGCAGGAGCUGCAGGCCAAAAUCCUCAGUCUCUUCAACAGUGGGGCAGCAGCUGCUGUAGCCAACAGCAGUUCUGCAGCCUCAGCUGGCUCUUCGGGUGGCGCUCCGAGCCAGAACUUUGCUAACAUGGCCAGCAGCCAGGCCCGCUCGGCACAGAUGAGUGCUGCAAACUUAAACCAGGCCCAGCAGAGAUUGCAGACUCCAGGCACACAGCUCCCUGCUCUCCAAGGCCCUUCAAGGAAUGCAGGUCCAAGACCCGGAGCUCCUCCGCCAGCUCAGUCGCUCUACGGUCAGCACCAAAAUCGCCUGCCUGCUCCUGGGAACGUCCCUGCUCAAAGGCCAGUAUCUUCUGGUAUCAACUUUGACAACCCUCAUGUACAGAAGGCAUUGGACACCCUUAUCCAGAGUGGCCCUGCGCUCUCCCACCUAGUGAGCCAAACUGUGGCCCAGGGGCGAGCAGGGGCCUCGGCCCAGCAACCAAUGGGUUCCUACCAGCGACACUAUUAAAGCUGAGCUGUCAAGCCCUUUCCCCUUCCCUUUGCCAUUCCAUACAUAUAGCUGUUUAAAGAGUCUCCUGUUCUUGACACAGGACAAAUGCCCCUGGAUGUGCAUGCCCUCUCCACUUUGGUGAGAGUUUACCCCAGUGGCACUGCUGCUGAGUGUUGCUAGCACUGCCCUUCCUCACGUGGAUCUGGUAGCACCAUCUGCAGA